AUGUGGUGGGGGGAUGUGGGAAUUCUGAGGGGAGCCCCGAAACUGCGGGAGCUGCUCACUCCAAAACCCCUCCCGAGCCUGGGCCCGACCCCGCGGCAGAACCGGACCCUGCCGGGACCGGGCAGCGGCUCCCGGGAGCUCGGGGAAGCCCUGGAGAACCGGGCGGGGCCGGAGCUCGGCCCGAGGGCACAGCGGGACCCGCGGCCAGCCCCCGGCAGGCUGCAGAAGCUUUUCGGCUGGGGAGAUUUUUAUUCCAACAUCAAGACGGUGAAGUUGAACCUGCUGAUCACGGGCAAGGUGGUGGAUCACGGCAACGGCAGCGUCAACGUCUUCUUCCAGCACAACUCCACGGGCCACGGCAACAUCUCCGUGAGCCUCGUGCCCCCCACCAAGGCCGUGGAGUUCCACCUGGAGCAGCAAAUCUUCAUCGAGGCCAAGGAGUCCAAGGUGUUCAACUGCCGCGUGGAGUCGGAGCAGGUGGAACGGGCCAGGAAGACCUCGCUGUGCACCUUCGACCCGGCCAAGACGUGCUCGCAGGAGCACACGCAGAGCCGCGCAGCCUGGCUGUGCUCGCAGCCCUUCCGGGCCGUCUGCGUCUACAUCACCUUCUACAGCAGCGACUACCGCCUGGUGCAGAAAGUCUGUCCCGACUACAACAAGCACAGCCGCCGGCCCUACUUCCCCUCGGGAUGAGCCCCGCGCCGC